AUGGGCUCGAUCGGUAAUACCCAGGCCAACGGCAUAGGCGAUCUCCUCGUAGAUUUGCCUCCGUACAAGCCCACCCCAGCAGACAUCACCAUCGACAACCACAAGGUUGGGGACAAGGACAAGAUUUUAUUCAAGAACGUCAACAUUUUUGAUUCAACAGGGGCAGACAUGUACGCGGGGGACGUGCUAAUCGAAGGCGAACGCAUCAAAGAGGUCGGCAAGCUCAAUUUUACCCCUGACGACGACACACUCGUAAUUGACGGCAACGGCACAAAAACGCUCAUGUCAGGUCUCUGCGACUCACAUACGCAUCUGAGCUGGAAUAACUCGCCCACACUGGACGGGCUGACAAGUCUGCCACUGGAGGAGCACGUCUUGCACACGGCUGAAUCCGCAAAGACCUACAUUGACUGUGGCUAUACCAUGUGCUUCGGCGCUGCUUCGGCACAAGAACGGCUGGAUAUCGUCAUCAAGCAAGCCAUCAAAUCUGGCAUGAUUCCCGGUCCUCGGACGCUGGCAAACUCUCAGGAGAUCACCACCACCGGUGGAGCAAUCAUUCCCAGUAUAAGUCACUAUGCCGACGGAGAGGAUGCGAUGCGGAAGACGGUCCGACAUUUCAUAGAACUGGGAGCUGAUAAUAUCAAGCUGAGCAUGACUGGUGAUUAUGUACACCCUACUAUGGGCGCCACGGAGACAUACUUCACCUUGAAAGAGACGAGAGCCGCGGUAGAGGAAGCCCACAACCGAGGGAAGAGAGUGUGCGCUCAUGCACGUUCCGCCGCCUCUGUGAAGCUCUGCUGCCAAACAGGUGUGGACGUGAUCUACCAUGCCUCGUUUGCGGAUGAAGAAGGGUUGAACAUGCUCGAGGCUUUGAAAGACCGCGUCUUUGUUGCUCCAGCCAUCAACUUCCCCUACAACACCUGCUCAGGCGACGCCGUGCCCUAUGGCAUGACGCCCGAAAUGGCCAAGAAGAAAGGCCUGGUGGACGAAGUCGACAAGGCCUGUAAAGCCAUGCGCGAGCUCCACAGACGCGGCGUCCGCGUUCUCCCAGGCGGCGACUACGGUUUCGCGUGGGCGCCUCACGGCACGUACGCGCGUGAUCUGGUCCACUUCGUCAACCUCUUCGGCUACACGCCCAAAGAAAGCCUGAUCGCGGCCCCCGCCCUGGGCGGCGAGAUCAUGGGCCACCCGGAAGAGCUUGGGAAGGUCCAGCCGGGUUACUACGCGGACGUAAUCCUCGUGGACGGCAACCCGCUCGAGGACAUGGAGAUCUUCCAGGACACGUCGAAAUUGCACGCCAUCGUCAUCAACGGCCACGUGCACAAGAACGUGGCCGUGCUGGGAGCUGACGGCCAGAGUCUGACCGCCGACGGACUGGCAAACAAGAGGACCAUCUACACGAACUUGCCGCUGGUGCCGGAGAAGGAGCAGCAGAAGAUGCAAGAGGACGCCAAGCAGAAUGGUAUUGGGGUUGAGCCGCAAGCAGUUUGA